UCAAAUAUUAGCUGGUUACAAAACCUGCCUGGGACAGAGAGGAUAUAUAUGUGUGAGCAAAUCACUCUGGAGAGAGUUUAGAGAAACAACGUGAAAUAAACCAUCAUGGAGAGAACAGUCAGCCUUCCCCAGCAGCCCGACAAAACCACCACAGUGACUCUGGUUGAGAGCAGCAGCACCCCCAGCGGGCUGGAACUGGUCAGCUCCUAUCAGACCAACAGAGUGGGAGACCCUAUGGACCUAGUGGCCUUGGCAUCACAAGUACAGAAGGGAGAUGAUUUCAUUAAAGCCAACGCUUGCAACAAACUGACCGUCAUUGCAGACCAGAUCAGAUACUUACAGGAGCAGGCGAGAAAGGUUUUACAAGAUGCUAAAAGAGAUGCUGACCUCCACCAUGCUGCCUGUAACAUUGUGAAGAAACCAGGCAACAUGUAUUACCUCUAUGAGCGGCCGUCUGGACAGCAGUACUUCUCCAUCAUCUCUCCUAAGGAAUGGGGUUCCAGUUGCCCUCAUACAUUUGUUGGUGCAUUCAAACUUCAACACGACAUGUCUUGGACGCCCAUAGACCAGGUUGAGAAGAGGGACGCAGAGUUCGCCAUCAUGGACAAACUUCUCAGCCAGCAGGCUGCCUUACCAGCUUUCACAGAACCAAACUUCAAAAACCUCUGUGACUAAAGGACUGAAUCAAGGACUGGAGUUUUUAAAGGACUAAUUGUAGAUGCUAAAUGUCUUAAUUGACUUACAUUUUUGCAGACAUAAAUCCAUUACUGGAUUGUAAUCACUGGUAUCAAAGCAUCACAGUGUUUUAUUGACUUUAAAGCUGCUCUGUGGACAAACCACAAUUAAUGUUUUUAUUCUGGGUUCUUCAGCAAAACACGAGUUGAUCUCUGGGCUCAAGAAACAGGAUAAAACCAUUUUCGGUGUAGCUUUAACCCUUGUGUACUCCUCCCAUCGACUAUACAGCCAUCCUCCUCAGGUUAGUUUAGGACAUGUAGGAAAAAAAUAUUACCAACUUUUUUUUCACCUUUAAGGCAACUAAUGACCCAAAAAUUGAUUUAUAAUACUUUUUUUUUCAUUAUUAUUGGUCAAUUUGAGUCAAAUAUACAAAAUUAGGCCUCAUUUCAAGAGGAAAAAGUAAUAAAACCUUAAUAUUUUUUUAAAUAGUGAAAUUAUUUCUUGAUUGAAAUGCACAAAGUAGGUUAUGUCAACUUUUAGUGAAACUUAUGUUUUGAAAACAUUGAUUUUUAGACGACAGCAAAAAAAAGUUUAAAAAAUCACACCCAUGGUCCCAAUUUUUUUCUACAUGUCCUAAAACCAGUCUGAUGUCAUGGGGUCCUUUUUGACCCGAGGAGGACGGGUGCUAUAAAAAUUUAUAAAACACGUAAAAAUGUAUGAAGAAAGUUGAAAUUUAUAUUAUCUAAAAACGGGGUUCGUACGGGU